AUGAAGGCUCCAUCGACCGGGUUCUCAGCGAACCCAACAGAAGGUAUUCCCAUGGGCUUUCUUCGUUUCUGGACCGCCGUGUCUCCUUUCUUCCGCUCCAUCGCGUGUUUUUCCCUUCAAUCUGUGGACGAUUCACUGGCUACGAUGUCGUUCUUGCUUUGCGAGUGCGGAAAAAACCUGCCUAAUGAGGGGAGCAGAGGCGGUGAUCUCCUGCCAUUUCUAACUUGCCGCGUUCGGCGGCGGCCUCCGUAGAUCUCCUGCCGUGGGAUGAGGAUUCCCGCGCCAAUCCCUUCGUGUUCCAAGGGUACCCUCCUCGGUACUUACCGCCAGGCUAGAAAGGAAGGGCUCUCUAAAAUGUCUAUGGCUAGGAAGGUCAUCCCCCCCUGGGGUUGGUUCUCUCUCAUGGGCCAACAGAGACCUCGACGACGGAUCUAUUGUCGCCGGAAGGGGAGGUUGCCCGCCUGUAGGCUGGUCGUAGCGAGGAGCUCUUGGGAAGAAAAAAAAAAAAAAAAGGAGUUCUGGCUGUGAUCUUACGUGAGUCAUGCUGUUGUUGUAGAUUGUCUUCCUCGAUAGCAUCAUCACAAGCCUAAAUUCGGUUGACCUGCGUUGCUGCCUCUCGGUUUCAUGCUAUCAUCAAUGGCACAGUUUCACGAAUUGGGUUGACCUCACCUCGAAUGGAUCAUCACUUCGUGCUUGUGUUCCUCUAAUUGCGUUUUUUUUUAAAAUCGAAAGAGGCGGAGAGGAAGAACAUCAAUUCGGAGCUAUGGCAUGCCUGCGCUGGGCCUCUGGUCUCAAUCCCUCCGGUGGGCAGCCUUGUGGUCUACUUCCCACAAGGUCACAGCGAACAGGUAUCUGAUAUUAGAAACCCUAAUCCGCCUACCCUUCCUCCCCCCCUCUCUCUCCCUCUCUCUCUCUCUCUUUCUCUCCCAUAGUUUAUCAAUAAGCUUAUCUUGGGCUCUUUCGUUCUGUACCAGGUAGCUGCUUCUAUGCAGAAGGACACCGACAGCAUCCCCAGCUAUCCGUCUCUGCCAUCUAAGUUGAUCUGCCUGCUGCACAAUGUGACCCUACACGUAUGCGAAGUUCCCGACUUUCUCUCCGCAGAAUACGCCCUCUGGCUGACCAGGUGGGUUCUUCUUUUCCUCACUCUUCUGCGUGUUCUUCCUCAGGCCGACCCCGAAACAGACGAGGUUUAUGCGGAGAUGACGCUGCAGCCUGUGUCUAAAGUAGGUCAGCAGCUACGUUGAUACCAGGGUUUCUAUUCUUAGGCAAUCUCCUGCGUGUUCGACUCAUCUGGCUGCUUGAUUCCUUCAUCCAGUGCGAUCGAGAGGCAUUUCUGGCCUCAGAUCUGGGUCUGAAGCAGAACAGGCAGCCGUCCGAGUUCUUCUGCAAGACGCUCACUGCCAGCGACACCAGCACCCAUGGCGGGUUCUCCGUGCCCCGCCGCGCGGCGGAGAAGAUAUUCCCUCCAUUGGUAAGGAGACCCCAUUGACUAGAAUUCCGAGUACCCAAAUGCCGCUGCUGAUUGGAAUCGGAUGUUCUGUAGGAUUUCUCGAUGCAGCCUCCCGCACAGGAACUGUCUGCAAAGGACCUGCAUGAUGCUUCGUGGACAUUUAGACACAUUUAUCGAGGUGUUCAUCUGAUUUUUUUCUCAAAAAUAAAAUAAAAUCAGGGUUUGGAAGGGAGAGGAAAUUAUUUCCAGAGUGGGUGAGUGAUGGGUGUUUGACUGAAUUGUAGGUCAACCCAAGAGACAUCUGCUGACCACGGGCUGGAGUGUGUUCGUCGGCACCAAGAGACUCCUCGCCGGCGACUCUGUCCUAUUUGUGAGGUCAACGCAUCCUCUGCUCUGCCUCCACAUUGCCAAUCCAUUUAUUUGUUCACUUAUCUUCUUUUUUUUCUCUGCAGAGAUGAGAAAUCGCAGCUGCUACUUGGCGUGAGGCGCGCAGUCAGGCAGCCGCCAUCUCUCUCCUCCUCGGUCUUGUCCAGUGACAGCAUGCACAUCGGAAUCCUGGCGGCCGCCGCCCAUGCCGCCGCCAACAACAGCCCCUUCACGAUCUUCUACAACCCCAGGUGCCGCAUGCUCCCCCCCUCAACCCUGGGGCUGCCUCCCGUUAUCUUUUGCUCUGCUGCACUUACAGAGAAUCUCCAUGGCUCCUGGCUUGGCAGGGCAACGCGAUCAGAGUUCGUCAUCCCCCUGGCCAAGUACUACAAGGCGGUGUACACCCAGGUCUCUGUGGGGAUGCGGUUCAGGAUGAUGUUCGAGACCGAGGAGUCGGGGAUCCGCAGGUACAUGGGAACGAUCACCGGCAUCAGCGAUCUGGAUCCCGACCGCUGGCGGAAUUCUCAGUGGCGGAACCUCCAGGUCAAUCCGCUUCCAUUUUUAAUUCUGGGUUUUUCGAAAAAAAAAAGUAAAUUUAUUUGCUUUAUCUGUUGGCUUCUUACAGUUCUUCGCAAUGCGCAGGUUGGCUGGGACGAGUCGGCGACCGGCGAGCGGAGGAGCCGGGUCUCGGUGUGGGAGAUUGAGCCCGUCGCCACCCCCUUCUACCUCUGCUCUCCCUUCUUCCGGCCCAAGCUUCCGCGGCUGCCGGGGAUUCUCGGUAAAGAUAAUCUCUGCUCUGCGUGUUGGAAAUGCGGAGGGUUUUGAGUUCUGUGGAUGAUUUUCUCCCUUUGGUGUUGUUGCCAGAUGAGGAAGGUGAAGUGGAGAAUGGGUUCAAGCGGGGGGGAGGGUGGCUGGGGGAGGAGGGGCAGGGGCCGAUCUUGGCGGGGCUGAACCUGAUGCAGUGGAUGAGCAUGCAGCAGGGGCCCCAGAGCAUGGCAUCGGCCGCGUCCCAGGCGGGGCUCUUCCAGGCCCUGGUCUCGUCGGGCGCCUUCCAAGGCGGCGCCGCCAGCGGGGAUGACCCUUCCAGGUUGCUGAAUUUCCAGCCCCAAGGCUCCGCCCUCCCCAACCCGCAGCCGCCUCCUCUCAGACCCCCCCCUCAGCAGGCCCUUCAGCUUCCUCAGCAGCAGCAGCAGCAGCAGUUGCUGCAGCCACUGGUGAUGGCUCGUCCGCCACCGCCGCAGCAACAGAUGAUGAUGAUGAUGCCACCUCUUCACAUCCAGCAGCAGCAGCAGCAGCAACAGCAGAGUCAAACGAGGCAGGUGGGGAGUGGCGUGGUUCUUCUGGAUCAUCAGCAGCAGCAGAUGGUGCAGGCGCAGACGCUCGGCGGCGGGCAGGCCAUGGGGCAGAACCAGCAGCAACAGCAGGUUUCUAACCAGCUCCUCCUACAGGCUCUCCCAAACCCUAACGCCCAGGCCCAUCAGAACGCGUAUCUUCUGAACCAGAACCCACCCCAGACGCCGGCCGUGCAGCUCCAGCAGCAGCUGGAGCAGCAGCGGCUGCUAGUGCAGCAGCAGCAGCUGGUGCAGCAGAUACAGUUGACCCAACCGCAGUUUCAGCUGCAGCUGCUGCAGAAGCUGCAACAGCAGCAACAGGUGCUCUCGCAGCUCAGCCCACAUCUGCAGCCCCAGCUCCCGCAGUCGUCGGGGCCACUCCAGGGUCAACUCACUCAUCCCCCGCCGCCGCCACCACCGCCGCCGCCGCCGCUGCAGGAGAAGCCCAGCGGCAUGCUGCUCUCUCCGACGUCCCCGAAACAUCAGCAAUAUUUCAAGCCCCAGAUUGAAGCGCCAUUGGGGCUGCCCUCCUCCAAGGCCCAGCCGGGGCCGCCUCUCAUGCCGCCGGCGGAGCCACCGGCAGGGAAUCUGCUCCACGAGCUCCGGUGCCGGCCGGAUCCCUGCAUCAAGAACGAAGCCCACAGCGCGAGGGAGGCGGAGCAUCCCACCGGCUACCGCCACGGCACGACCGACCACCUGGACGCCUCCUCCUCGGCCACCUCUUUCUGCCUGGACGGCGGCGCUGCCCAGGAGAGUUUCUCCCUCCCGCCGCUCUGCUUGGACAGCGACAUCGCUAACGUUGGCCUGUCGCCUGACGCCCUCCUCCUCAAGGGCUUCAGCUCCGGCAGAGACCUUCAGGGCCUAUUGAUGGCUGGCUACGGCGGCAGCCAGAGGGACCCGGAACCAGAGAUCAGCUCCCAGUCGUUCGGCGUGCCCGGAAUCUCCUUUAGAGCGAGCUCCUCCGGAGAGGCUGCCGCCGUCGCCGCCGCCGCCGGCCCAGCGAACGAGAACGGGGCGUUGAAUCGAGGACCGUGGCCGGGGCAGCAGCAUCGGAUGCGGACGUACACCAAGGUUUGACCUCGCCAGACUUCUCGCUCCUGUUUUGAGGAGUUUACAGGCCCUCUGACUUCUUCUUCUUCUUGCUCGAAGGUCCAAAAACGGGGCUCCGUGGGGAGGUGCAUCGACGUCACCCGGUACAAGGGGUACGGCGAGCUCCGCCGCGACCUCGCCGCCAUGUUCGGGAUCGAGGGCCAGCUGGAGGAUCCCCACCGGACGGACUGGAAGCUGGUGUACGUGGACCACGAGAACGACAUCCUCCUCGUGGGAGACGACCCCUGGGAGUAAGUCAACGGCGCCGCCUUUUCAAUGAUUUGCCAUAAAUGGGAGCUGAUCCCCGUCCUCCCGGUUCUAUGUAUCCGUCCCCUUUUCAGGGAAUUCGUGAGCUGUGUGCAGAGCAUCAAGAUACUGUCCGCCGCCGAGGUGCAGCAGAUGAGUUUGGACAACCUGGUCAACGCGCCCGUGGAUAACCCGGCCUGCAGCGGCUCCGACAACGGCAAUCUAUGGAAGGGCCAUUACGACGACAACUCGGGAGCCUCCUUUGGCCGUUAA